CUCGGACCUUAACUGCGCUGUCUUGUCAGUCGAAAAACCUUGACUUGACCUUGACCUGGACGGAAGCGGGACCUAGACCUGGGCCUGGAGCUGCGCAUUAAAAGAGUCGUCAUUGUCGCAUUGCCGUCAUGUAGCGCGCUUUCUGCCAUUCUCGAUAUAUAUCGCCUGCCUCUGCAUACCUACCUACCUACUACCAGAACUACUGUUUCCUGGGCCCCAACUUCCACCACCUCCAAUGCCAUGGUACUGUUUAUAUCAUAGGUCCUGUUUACUUUAGUCUCAUUCUAUGCCAUCUAUUGCACCAUCAGUCCCACACUCCAAGCUCCAUCCCAACCAGGCCUUCAUUUAUUUGCCCACAACUACUUAAAUUCGUCAUUGCCCACUUUUAUAUAUUCUUCCUCCAUACAUUUCCACCCACCUUCACAGUCUCCAUGAGUUCCAGAAACUUGUCACUCGGCUCGAGUGUAGAAGCUGUCGAGCGCAAACGGGUUUGCAAGGCGUGCGACCGCUGUCGGUUGAAAAAGUCAAAGUGUGACGGUUCACAGCCGUGCUUGCGAUGCAAAAGUGACAAUGUGUCAUGUCUCUUCGGCGAAAGGAAACGUGCUCAAGACAAGGUCUAUCCAAAAGGCUAUGUAGAGAUGUUGGAACACCAGCAAGCUAUGCUUGUUCGUGGCAUGCGCAACCUUUAUCAGAGGUGUGUCGCCCAUGGUUGCUGGGAAGGCGAGCCCUUGGAGACACAUGAAACGACCGGACAUCCACUUGUUCACAGCAUGCUUCUUCGGCUCGACGCCCUAUACAUGGUUUCCUCUGCUGAAUUCGAAGAGGGACAGGAGCACAUCCGUUAUGAAAACUAUGGCCCCUUCGAGGAAAACUACCCAAAGAUGAGGACUAGACUACUAGAGCAAGGUGCUAGUCUACGAGAUAGACGUGGUGCCUCUAUAGGCUCCGAUUCCGAUCACGGUAGCUCCAAUGUCGCCUCACCUAUUUCUCCCACUGGCAACUCCUGGGAACAAUCAGUCAUCACUCCUAUCACACCCCCAACAAACGAUUUCUUCCCACAGGCGCAUCAGCAAAGCAUCAAGCAAGAGCCUACACACAAUAGGCAAAAUUCAUUCAACUGUGCAGAGAGGCAGAAUUCGUACAGCUGUGCAGAUGGCCAAGAUUCCUUCAGCAAUCCGAACUGGGCAUCGACGUCAGCAGUACCAGAUAUGCCUAUGCUAGCAGCAGAAACCUGGCCCAACAACGACACCUUCUUCGGGAAUCCUUCCAUGCCAGAGGACAACAUCUUAGCAUAUGACCAGCCUCAAUAUUUGUUCAAUAACAACACGCAAACAAAUACCCAAUGGGAUCAAUGGGCCGUGCCUGAGGAACAGCGAGACUACUCCUACGGUUUUGGCAACUCAUGAUGGGAAAGCUAUUCAAUUCUUGAUGAAGCUAGCUCAGAUUAGCUUUUACGAGAAUGGCUAGACCAAUCGUCUCAGGCAACUUCACGAAUUACGACCACCGCACCUCAGGAGCUGGAAGGGAUACCACCAGCGGCAAGCUAUGUCAAUGACAAGCAGUUGAGGCGCACUGGAAUUGAUACAUUGGGACUGCUGGGACUCAGGCGUUUUGGGAAACUGUAUAAUGGGACGAUGCAAUGUGUCCAAAUAGAUUGUGCAUAUGAAGCACACAUCUUUGUCGAUGGUGUCUCCAACCACUUGUACGGUAUCUACAAGAGUAGUAAUAAUAUUGAUACCCUG